UGGAGCUGGAGAGGGAUAUCGAGAAACAGAACGACAAGGACAAAAAUUUGCUUAUGAGAGGGAAGCCGUUAGACGCAAUCAGCCCUCGUCAGAGGAAUAGAAGAAUGUCGAGACUGAGAGAUCAAGUGCAUUCGGCGCUGUGGUUUACAGAGUCGUUCGGCUUCAGCCUAGAAAGUGUCGUGCUCCGGAACAAAGAUGACCAGAGUACGACUACAUUGCAGCUCACUGAAAAAGGCAAGUCAACGCAGUGCUGCAUAAUGCAUUUCGUUUCCCUUGCACAGAGAUGGAUGGUGCAAUUGUAUAUUUAUUCUUUUUUUUCUUUGUGGUAUGCGUGUUUACUUCCUCAGAGAACAAAUCGUACGAUGAGAUGACGGACGGCGAACGCGAGCAAAUUGAAAAGACCUUGUUCGUGCUUGACCAGUUUUGCGGCAGUGAUGUCCUCUAUCAUGAGUUAAUUCAGAUUGCGCCAGCUAGCUGCAGCUUGCCAAAACUGCACACCGUAAAGGAGUGCAGGAGCCACCUGAAUGCCACAAUUGGCAAGGAUAUUGAAAAAGUGCCAGGACCACAUGCUGGAGCACAGAGGAAUCUGCUUCACGCCAUAACAGCUCAGUUGGGAGACAUGGAUGAUAUCCCACCCAAGGUCCGCGUGAGGGUGAGUUGCGAUGGCGCCAGGAUGUCCCGGAAGAGCAAUUUUGUCAUCGUGACGUAUUCCCUACUCGACAUCGAGCAAUAUUCGUCCCCGAAGGGAAACCAUGUGAUUGCUGUUGUGAAUGGCCCAGAGUCCUAUGCAACUCUCGAGACCUCACUGAAGGAUGUGUGGUUUCAAGUAAGCAAGCUUGCUGCUGACAAGAAGGUCGUUGUGAAGGGCAAGGAGGUGGCAGUCGAGACUAUUUUGGGUGGAGAUCUCAAGUUCCUGGGUCUGGUGCUUGGCUUGAGUGCAGCGACAGCGCAUCACGCGUGCUGUUGGUGUAAAGUACACAAAGACCACAGGUGGAAUGUCGACUUUCCCUCGAACAAAUACACGGAUCCCCCAUUGGCAAGAUCCAUGGGGGAACUACAAACCCAAAACCCCGUCGUACCAUCGGCUGCAGAGGCGGGACCGCCGAAACGCGGUAAUAAGUUUGGCCAGAAAGCCAAGCCCCUUGUCAACUUGCCAUUGGAGCAAGUUGUUAUAGACGAGCUGCACCUUAUGUUGAGGAUUACCGAUGUCCUGACGGACAAUUUGCUGCAGCAGACAAUGUGGCUCGACAAGCAGGCCAAGUCGAAGACGCUUGCUGGCCCACACACUGAAAUGCUGGUCACCGCCAUCAGUGCAUGCGGUGUCAGCUUCAGUGUGUGGGAAAAGACUAAUGCCGACGGCUCAGGCAGUGGCCGCCUGGACUUCACCAGUCUGAUGGGGCCCGAUAAAAAAAUACUGCUCCAGAAUCUGCCCGAGAAGCUGGAGGGAAGUGGCGCACUGAAUGCAGACACGGAGAACGACGUUCUGCUCAUGUGGACGACGUUCAAUGAUAUCUACGCCAAUCUGGGAAAAGAAGAGUUCACUGAUGGCGAGAUAACUCAACUUGAGGAAAAGAUGAAGACGUGGAUCAAGCGAUUCUGCGAGUUGGGAUUUACCGCACCCGGCUUCGGCAAGAAGCGUGUUACACCUUACAUUCAUGCCAUGCUAUUCCAUUGCCCGGAUAUUAUUCGACGGUUUGGCAACUUGAAGCAGUUCACUGGAAAUGGCGUUGAGAAGACCAACGAUGAAGCACGGCGGAGUCACAUGCAGAAGAGCAACAAGUGGGAUGCAUGUGCUGAUGUACUGCUGCAUAGCGGACGCCGUCAGAUACUGAGCCACCACUGCAGAGAGAAGAGAAAAUACAAGAAAAAAGACGAGGAAUACUGGACCGCCAACAUCAAGGAGAGCAGAAGGAAAAGAAAACGAAUCAGCCGUUAAGCAGCCAACAGCUAUUAAGAUUUAUUUCUAUUCACUGAUAUACGGAACGUAUUUUGUGCAAUCUCAAAGCCAUGAAGAUCCAGAAUAUUUAUUUCUAUUCACUGAUAUUAUAGAACGUAUUUUGUGCAAUCUCAAUGGCACGAAAAUCCAGAAUAUUUUUUAAUUUCUAUUCAUUCAUAUAUAGAACGUAUUUUGUGCAAUCUCCUUCACACUCCCCUGCAUUAGGAAGAGAACCACUUCGUUCGGUCAUUCUUGGAACCCUGAAUGCCCUAGCCCCCUCCUUUUAUUUGAAACAACAUUUUGCAGCACAGUCAAUAUACAACACACCUAUUAAAUAACAACGGAGCAUUAUGUUUCUUUCUCUGA